GGUAAGACUAUAGGAAUCUUUAUGUAUUUUUCCCACUACGUUGCUAUUGUUUAGUAACUAACACUACGUUACUAACGCUACAAUUAUUUUCUUUUAACUGUUGUUGUUGAGUUAUUCCCUAUUUAUUAUGCAAAUACUCAAAUGGUAUUCUUUAUGAAUGUUCACUUUCUUCUGUAGCUGGUAGGUGAAAUUCUCCUCUAAUGAACAAUGUGAAGGUAUUGCUCCUGACUGCAGUGGAGGUGACAUUUCAUCCUUUGGCAUAUCAUCCUUUCAUCCUUUCUUCUAGCUGGUGCGGAUGAUUUUGAAGAGAAAAAGCCCAAUACAAGAAGGAAAAACUCAAAAGUUCCAGCUAGAAAGAGGGAAGAAGACUGUGGUACUGGAGUUUGCAGCUCAACAAGUAAGACUUCAAAACAAAAAGGGGUAAAAUCAGUAAUAAAAGAAGAAAAUAAGAAAACCACUGAAAGUAAAGGGAGUCAUAGUGAAGAGGAAAUGUGCAGGAAUCCAAAUAUAAGAGCAAUGUGGUCUUCCCAUGGAGGUUGCCAUAGCAAAAUUAAUUAAUAAGAAGACAUGAAACUGAUUGGUUGGUCUCAUUCCACUGGCCAACUGGCCACUAAUGUGUGGUGAAACAGAAACAGUUCUGAUUUCAGUACACUUUGAUGAAGGUUCAGUAAGAAGAAAUGAUUCAGUGAACUAAUUCUCCAAGAACGCGUUUGUGCAAGCUGUUCUGAAGGAUGGGACCUUUUUGACUCACUGAAGCCACCUCAGGGGGAGAAAAAUUUGAAGAGAGAAUCUCCUGUUAAAAAAGAGAUGGAUAAAGACAAUGCUGACGAUGAUGAUGAUGAAAGUGAAGAUGAAUGGGAGGAUGUGGAAGAACUCCAGGAACCUGUCAUGGAUAAGUUAGAAGAAGAUGCUGUUGUUCCGGCAGCAGAGCUGCCAAGCAAACCAGUUGAGAUAGAGAUUGAAACCCCAGAGCAGGCAAAGAAAAGAGAGAGAAGAGAAAAAAGAAAAGCCGAGUUUGAGGUGUAUCUUCGGAGAAUGAUGAAACGUUUCAACAAGGAGGUUCGUGAGGACACGCAUAAGGUUCAUCUCCUGUGUUUGUUAGCAAAUGGUUUCUACAGGAACAGAAUCUGCAGCCAGCCAGAUCUUCUUGCCGUUGGUCUCUCCAUCAUCCCCACCCGCUUCACAAAAGUGCCUGCAGGCCAAGUGGACCUUCUCUACCUUUCCAACCUGGUGAAAUGGUUUGUUGCAACCUUCACUGUCAACGAUGAGCUUUCUAUUGAAAAAGGAGAGCCCCUUCAGUCUACCUUGGAGAGGCGCUUUGCCAUCUAUGCUGCACGAGAUGAGGAAGAGCUGGUUCAUAUAUUUUUAAUUAUUCUUCGAGCGUUACAGCUGCUGUGCCGUCUUGUGCUGUCUCUUCAGCCUGUUCCUCUCAAGGAAACAAGAGCAAAGGGUAAAGGGUCAUCCAAGAGGCAGUCUCUCAGCAGUACCUCUGAGGGGCAGGAGAGUUCUGCCACAACACCCAGUGCUGUGGCAAAAAGAGGCUUCUGCAGAAAAACCAGGCAGGAUGAGAAAUCCUCAGGAAGCGAAAAAGACAAGGAGCCAGAGAAACCAAACACUGCUCAGACGAAAAGGCGGUGCAAGUCAAAGCUGACUACAGAAAGCCAAGCACAGAGGGAACCUGGUAAUGAGGACUGCAGUUUAGGAGAAAAAGAUAUGCCAGUCAGGCCCAAAAAUGAUCGCCGGAGGCGAGUGGCCUCCAAAGUGUGUUACAAAGAAGAGAGUGGAAGUGAUGAGGGCAGCGUUUCUGACUUUGAGGCUUCAGAGGAGGAGAGCAGUCUGUCUGAUGAGGAUUUUGAAACUGUACCUAAAAAGCAGAGGAGGUCAUUGGGCUCCCAGAAGUCAAAGGUAACAGCUGAUAAAAGCCUGAAAACGAAGACUUCAAAAUUGAGGCUAUCCAAAAAUUCACCUGAAGCUGCGCCUAAACCAGCAAAAAGUACAGCUACUGCCUUGCCUAAUGCACAGAGAAAGAGAAACAAAAUCAUUUCUAGUGAUGAGGAUGAUGGAGAGCAGGAGGUGAGGAAAGUGGCGGCCACAGACCAGUGGCUGGAGGUUUUUCUUGAACGUGAGGACAAGUGGGUGUGUGUAGACUGCGUUCAUGGCAAUGUCGGCCAGCCCCAGCUGUGCUUCAAGUAUGCCACAAAGCCUCUUUCCUACAUUGUCGGGGUUGACAACGAUGGGAGCGUCAAGGAUGUGACACAAAGAUACGACCCAGUGUGGAUGACUGCGACAAGGAAGAGCCGUGUGGACCCUGUGUGGUGGGAAGACACGCUGCAGCCAUAUAAAAGUCCCUUUAUGGAAAGAGACCAGAAGGAGGAAAGAGAGUUUCAAGUUAAGCUGCAAGACCAGCCUCUGCCAACAGCAAUUGGAGAGUACAAAAAUCACCCCCUUUAUGCACUCAAGAGGCACCUCUUGAAAUAUGAGGCCAUCUAUCCUGAGUCAGCUGCUAUCUUGGGGUACUGCAGGGGAGAGGCUGUCUACUCCAGAGACUGUAUACACACACUGCAUUCCAAGGACACUUGGCUGAAGAAGGCUCGAGUGGUGAGGAUUGGAGAAGUGCCCUACAAGAUGGUGAAGGGAUUUUCCAAUCAGGCAAGGAAGGCGCGCCUUGCAGAGCCUGCAAACCGGGACAAAGAGGACCUGGCACUGUUUGGUCUCUGGCAGACAGAGGAGUUCCAGCCACCUGUGGCAGUGGAUGGAAAGGUUCCCCGGAAUGAAUACGGAAACGUCUAUCUCUUCUUGCCAUCCAUGUUACCGAUCGGUUGUGUGCAGCUGAGACUACCCAACCUCAACAGAGUGGCACGGAAGCUGGACAUUGACUGCGCUCAAGCCAUCAGUGGAUUCGAUUUUCAUGGAGGCUACUCACACCCAGUUACUGAUGGCUACGUUGUUUGUGAGGAAUAUAAAGAAGUGCUUAUUGCUGCCUGGGAAAAUGAACAAGCAGAAAUAGAAAAGAAGGAGAAGGAGAAGCGUGAGAAAAGGGCUCUGGGGAAUUGGAAAUUACUGACAAAGGGACUUCUCAUCCGAGAGAGACUGAAGCAACGCUACUGCAUCAAGACUGAAGCAUCGGCACAUGAGGCAGAGGAAGGAGCUGGAUUUCCUUCUGACGAAGAAGGAGGUCCAAGUUCAGAGACUGCAGUAGGGGAUGUGGCUGUUUCUUGGCCCCAGAAUCGCCAAGUAGAGAGGCAGAAGGAAGAGAAGACAACCAGGAAGAGCAAGCGAGAAAAGAAAGGAGAAGCAGCACAGUUGUUUCCCUUUGAGAAGCUGUGAUCAGAACAAGCAUUUCUUUACUAUUUCCAGAUGCAAGGGAGGAUGCUGUCACAAUAGGAGUAUGCUUUGCCAGCUAAGGACUUUUAGCUUUCCUUGUGUUUCUGAGCUGUCAGGGACCAACCUUCUAGUUCGGCAUCAAGAGUUUCUUUUGCUAUCACAGAAAACUAUGUUCAUCCUUUUAUCUUUGGAGUCAUGAGGAACAGAUGUGCAGUUGUAUCUUCUGAGAAGAUCACUAUCUAUGCACAGCUGGGUUUUUUACCCCCUCUUAUAAGUAUUACUCAGCACGCAAAUAAAUCUGUUUUCUUUGGCAUUCCUUUCAUUAUAACUGUCUCCUCCUGUUUCUUAUCUUUCAAUUUUUUCCUGCUUGUUCAGAACUGAAACAUGCAGCUGCUAGUUAACUGUCUGAGGUGAGCUGCCCAAUGGGAUAAGUCCCCUUAGAUGAUAAUCAUAUGAUAUAAUCAUAUGAUGAUAAUCAUUCAUAUCAUAUCCAAAUCAGUGGCAAGGUAGAGUUCUAGUCUCAAUAAUAGCUUCUUUAUCACAGAGGGGGGAAACACUUUCCCUAAGGUGUGAAGACACAUGCAAUCAGCAUUUGGAGGAAUCUGAAAAUUUACUUGUUAAAGAAUACCUACUUUUUGUGAAAACUCAGAUUUGGCUUUUCAGCCCAGGAUCAGAAAUCUUGUAGAUCAAAAAAAGGGAAGCCCUGUCCCCGUUUCAAACAUCAGGUUAAACAUGGCAUCUUAAGUCAUUUUAAAAAAUACAUGUAUGUGUUUUGGUUUGGUUUGUUUGUAUGUAUGUGUUUGGUUUGGUUUUGUAUCAAUACCAGGUGGUUUUGUUCUGGAGCACAGUAUCUAAAACUGGCUGAGUAUCACUGGCAGAAGUGAAAUUCAUUGAAAACUGAGCUUUUGUAAAUGUUAUCUAGUAUCUAAGCACUUGAAAACUGUUAAGAGAGGAAUGUUAAAUCUACACAAGCUUUUGCUGCAGUUUUGUAAUAGAAAUAUUUACUGAUCUGUCUUUCGCAGUGAUUUUUUUUUAGGACAAAAUGCCACCAACACUGUCUCUUUAAAAAUAGUGGGAGAUACAGUCCAUUCGUUGCUGGACAUUUGUCAUAGGGAAAAGGUUGAAAUGCAAGAAAAUGGUUUUCAUUUAAAAAUGAUAAGAAAAAGAAUUAUUUUUAUACUGUAUAUGCAA